UCAUUUUAGUUUAUCAUAAUUUGAAGUUGGCGCCGUAGAUGGUGGUGACAUCUGUCGGCGGCGAGAGUAAACCUCCUUCUUUAGUCCAGCCAGAGAUAUCUCGGCUCGUGUGAAUGUGAGUAAAGUGAUCAACAUCCAACUAAUCCAGCACAAUGGGUCGUGUACGUACCAAGACAGUGAAGAAGGCUGCUCGUGUCAUCAUUGAGAAAUAUUACACCCGCCUGGGCAGUGAUUUUCACACAAAUAAGCGAAUUUGUGAGGAGAUAGCAAUUAUCCCUUCGAAGCCUCUUCGCAACAAGAUUGCAGGGUUUGUUACCCACUUGAUGAAACGUAUCCAACGUGGACCAGUGCGUGGGAUAUCCAUUAAGUUGCAGGAGGAGGAGCGCGAGCGCCGUGACAACUAUGUGCCCGAGGUUUCUGCUUUAGAACAGGGUAUCAUAGAAGUUGAUGCUGACACAAAGGAGAUGCUUAAAUUGAUGGACUUUGACAAAGUUGCUGGUCUGCAGGUGACACAGCCCAUCCCAUCUUCCUAUGGUGGCAGGCGAUAGAUUUAAAUAAAUGUAUAAAGUAAA